GACGUGUGCGCUGGCGCGUUAGAUGCGCGUGCGCGUGCUGCCGGCGCGAACGCGUUCCAUUUUCGAAUAUUUUUACUUUUUAAAACCGUUUGUAACGUGCCAGUGCGUGCUGUGAAGUUAUAGUCUAUGGGAAUUAGGAAUAGACUGCAACAAGGCACAAUGCCGCGCUUCAAGACAAUUCUCGUGACCGGCGGAGCCGGGUACAUCGGCAGUCACUGCGUUGUAGACUUAGUCCAGGCUGGACAUGAAGUUGUUGCUAUAGACAACUUCGCCAAUGCAGUGGGAGAUGAUGACGGAUCACCGGCGUUGAGGAGAGAGGAAAUUACUGGGAAGAAGAUCACAUUUUACAAGGCUGAUUUGCUGGACAAGCCACAGAUCAGAGAUAUUUUUGAUAAGCACCCAAUAGACUGUGUCAUCCACUUCGCAGCGUUGAAAGCGGUCGGUGAAUCUAUGCAGCAGCCCCUUCUCUACUACCAGAAUAAUUUGCUUGGCAUGCUCAAUCUACUCGAGGUCAUGCGUUCACACGACUGCUUCCAAAUGGUAUUCUCAUCAUCCUGCACCGUGUAUGGGGAACCUAAACAUCUGCCAAUCACAGAAGACCACCCGACGGGGAGCAUCACAAAUGUCUACGGCAGGACUAAGUACUUCAUCGAAGAAAUGCUGAAAGAUUUGAGUGCAGCUGAUAAGAGAUGGAACAUAAUAUCCCUUCGCUACUUCAACCCAGUCGGUGCCCAUCCUUCUGGCCUGAUCGGCGAAGACCCAACCAAGGAGUUCACAAACCUGAUGCCUUUCAUGGCGCAAGUGGCGUUGGGCAAGAAACCUGUUCUUACUGUCUUCGGGAAUGAUUAUCAGACUCCUGAUGGCACAGGAGUGCGAGACUACAUUCAUGUCAUGGAUCUGGCUAGCGGACACGUUGCGGCUCUGAACCUGCUCAGUGAAAACCACGUUGGACUUAAGGUUUACAACCUUGGUACAGGCCGAGGUGUCUCCGUCAAAGAGUUAGUAGAAGUGUUUGAGAAGGUGACCAAUACAAAGAUCCCCCUAAAGUACGAAGACAGGAGACUGGGUGAUAUCACAGCUAUGUGGGCAGACGCGACACUCGCCAAGAACGAACUGAACUGGGUCACUAAACACACUAUUGAGGAGAUGUGUACUGACUUCUGGAGAUGGCAGACCAUGAACCCUAAUGGCUACCCGAAAAAAACCGUCAAAACCAGUGUCAUUGUGAAUGGAAAGAGUUAGGCAUUUGACUAUGACUUAUGUUACGCGUACUUAUUAUUAAUAAACUAGUGUAUUAAACGUC